AUGGUCUACUCUUCCGAUGGCUUUUCCUGGACCCCUUCCACCGGUCGUCGGGAUGGCCUUCCAACAAUUGGCGUUGUCGAACCCUCGUCGCACUCGACUCAGCCGGAAGAAGUCAUCCACGAUGUGAUCGUUAUCGGAGCUGGGUAUGCUGGCUUAGUCGCGUCUCGAGACCUGGCCACCCAAGGAAAGACGACACUGCUCCUAGAAGCCCGAGACAGACUCGGUGGCCGCACAUGGCACGCAACCAUUGAUGGCUUCAAUUACGAGAUGGGAGGGACUUGGAUCCAUUGGCACAUGCCCCAUAUCUAUCGUGAAGUCUCUCUAUAUGGUCUACACAACGACUGGAUUGUCACCCAAAACCCCGGUGGAAAAGAAGACUACUUCACUACCACCACGGGAAGUGAGCAGCGUAAUCUUUCACACGAAGAAGAGGCCGACAUCUGCGGCAGAGUCUUCCGCAUCUUCAGCAAUCUCGACGGAGAUGAUCUCCGGCAGUCGUGGAAAUACGCCUUCGGCACCGACCAGUCGCCUGAGCUCAUGUCCAGGUGGGAUAAGCUCUCGUGCCAGGACCGGCUAGACGAGAUCCGUGGCCAGCUAACAGAUGAGGAGGUGAGCGUGUUGGAGGCCCAGCUGAUGCAGAUGGGCGGCAAUACCCUGGACAAGAUGGGCCUCGUGGGCGCACUCCGCUGGUGGGUGCUGGGGAGCCACACUCCGACAGGCCUGAAUGACAUCGCCCUCCACACGCGGCUUCGGAGCGGGAACAGCGAGCUGCACCGCCGAAUCUUCGAACACGCCCUGUCUACCGAUAAUCUGUCCUACGCAUUCAGUUCGCCGGUUCAGCGGAUUGAGGACGCUGGAGACAUUGUCACCGUGACAGCCAGGAAUGGUAAGACGUGGAAGGCUAGAUCAGUCAUCUGCACGGUGCCGCUCAACGUCUUGUCCUCGGUCGAGUUUAAUCCCCGGCUUCCAGCGGACAAGGUGGAGGCUGUGCAGCAGCAGUCGGUCAACAGGUGCAACAAGGUCCACGUCGAUAUCAAUGGGCCUGAUUACCUGUCAUGGGGGUCGUUGGCAACACCCGGGAAAGGGUUUAUCUCGGCGUUUGGGGAUCACCUCACACCAGCAGACGACACCCAUCUCGUAUGCUUUGGUCCUGACCCGAAAUCUUCCACUGGAAUCUUGCUCGACGACCUCGAUACUGUGAAGGCUGCCGUUGUCCACCUCCUGCCCGAGAACAAGCAGGGCGAAGCUAUCAUUAACCGUAUUGUGUCUCACGACUGGAACAAGGACGAGUUUGCGAAUGGCACAUGGCUCUUCCCUCCACCGAACGCCACGACAAAGUAUCUCUCCGUGCUACAAAGGCCACAUGGCAACGUUUUCUUCGCUAGCGCCGACUGGUCUGACGGCUGGUGUGGUUGGAUCGAUGGCGCCGUCCAGAGCGGUAUGCAGACGGCGCGUCAAGUAAUUCUGGAGCAGAAGAAGGCUGCCGUUGUGGAAAAGAAGGUCAUACAAAAGGGCGUUUCCAUUGACCUUUCCAUUGACCUCUCCAAGGGUAUCGUACGGUGCGUUAUCUAA